CCAACCACUAUCCUUCAUUUUAGGUCAAUCAUAUACACAUAAUGGACGAAAAUUUGACACCCUGCUGGCCUCCUGUUCGUAAACGCGCGCGCAGCCCUUCGUCAAGCGCUCGCACCAGUGACGAGGCCAAUCCAACCACACCCAUCCGUUCCGUCAAUACACAUGUCCGCACCCUCAAUUCACGUUCUCCACUCAUCGAUGCUAUCAACCUUACCCCACGCUUCCGCAAUGGAUAUGAGGUCAAGCCGCAAACACCCUCCUACAAGCCAUAUGCAUAUGCCCUGUCCUCUCGUGGGCAAAAACGGCAGCGUGCUUUCGACUUUUCGGUUGAAGUCUCGAUAAACCCCCAUUCUCCGCUCACUCCUGAUGAGUGGAGUGCUCUCGCUACUGGUGCUGCCAUCAUUCCAGCAGACUGCUGCCCACGCGACUUCCAGAUUCAAUGCAGCAACAUCGUAAUCGGACGCUCGAAGGAUGUCUGUGUCAUUGCACCGACUGGCCAGGGCAAGUCUUUGCUCUGGGUUCUCCCGCUGCUUGUUCAGAAAUUGGGUGUUUCUCUUGUCAUCACGCCUUAUACGAGCUUAGGUUCGGAGGGCCGAGAUAGGCACUGUGCUCUCGGAAUCCGCUCCACCACCAGCUAGAAAUAUGUUCGCGUGAUGUUUAAUUGUGCUGUCUUCGGAGGAAAACAAUGUUUCCAAUAGAGUGCGGAGUGAAAAUCGGGAGAGUUGACGAGUCAUGAAUGCAAGCACCUCGAGGCAUUUUUGGUCUGCAUUGAGUCGUUGAGGUCUAUCAUGGCCAUCAGUUGGUAUAUAUGAAAAGUCGUCGUCAUCGGACUGUGAAAGCUCGAGAUCCAGAAACGGCACUUGUGGGAGGUCAUGAAAGUCGACACGAGGUGUUAUAGGGGAGGACUCGGACCCAACAGAACUGAUUGCUUCAAUGUCGUCGAGAGAAUCCAGGCGUGAACGAAGUGGGUACAUAUUGCAGCAGCCUAUUUGUAUUGCUUUGAGACAAAUGAAGAGAGAAAACGGGUUGCUCGACGCCGACGAGGCAGACGUUGGACGUGCGUUAAGAG